CGUAUCGAAGGUGAAGUACGGAGUGAAGCCCGUACUGACAAAGUAUUGGUUAUCAUGGAUAUGAAGGAAAGUUUGAAGAUGGAACCUGUUUCCAUUAAAGAAGAGGUUAUAGAGGAAGAGUGCUUUUGCAUUCCACAGCGGGUAACAGAGCAGACGUCUGUAGGAGAGGAAGACCCUGAUGUGAGAGCUGUCCAUAUUAAAGAGGAGGCCCAGGAGCUAGACCCCAGGUCUGAGCAGUGCAGCGGCGGUCCUGCUCCGCUGGGCAGUGUGCACGUUAAAGAACAGGAUACCUGCUCUUCUGCUGAAGAGGAGGGCCCAGAUCUGGAGUCUGCACAGGGGGAGUAUCGCCCCUCUCAACUGGAAUCUCUCCAGAUUGUUCAAGUAGAAAUAGUUGAUGUGAAAGAAGAAAACCCAGGAGAAGAAACGACAACCAAUGAAGUGGAGGAACUUCCUUCUACUCAUUGCAAAACAUCGGGUGCAGACCCAAAAUGUCAAGCCCAUUCAUGUCCUCACUGUGAAAUCUCAUUCACUCGGAAGCAGUACCUGGAGAAGCAUAUCAAGGGCACACACAGAGAGGAGUAUGUGCAGAUGCUGAGAGCUCCAUCCUCCCAGGUCUGCCACCACUGUACUGUAUGUGGGAAGACAUUCAGUAAGUCUGGAAACCUCAAAGCACAUCAGAGAAUCCACACGGGAGAAAUGCUGUAUCACUGUACUGAGUGUGGGAAGGGUUUCAGUCAGUUAGGAAACCUCAAAACACACCAGCGAAUUCACACAGGAGAGUCGCCUUACAGCUGCAGCGAGUGUGGGAGGAGUUUUCGUGUGUUAGGAAACCUUAAAAAACACCAGCGGAUUCACACAGGAGAAACGCCCUACCACUGCACUGACUGCGAGCGCAGCUUCAGUCGCUUGGAGACCCUGAAAGUUCACAAGCGGAUUCACACAGGGGAGACCCCGUAUUGUUGCUCGGAGUGUGGGACGUUCUUCAGUCACUCCACCACACUCAAAGCGCACCAGCGCGUUCACUCUGGAGAGACCCCCUACUCCUGCACCGUGUGCGGGAAGAGUUUCAAUAGAUCAGGGAACCUUAAACAGCAUCACCGCAUUCACACCGGGGAGGCACCAUAUCACUGCUCUGUGUGUGGGAAGAACUUCAGAAUCUCAGGAGACCUCAAAAAACACAAGCGCAUUCACACAGGAGAGAAGCCCUAUUACUGUACUGAAUGUGGGAAGAGAUUUACUUAUCUGUACCAGCUGAAAAUUCACAGCUGCGGCUGUGUAUGAAAAUAAACAGCUGUAACAUGUAGCAGAUAAUUUGUAAUAAUUGACCAAUAGAGAAUGAAUUCUUGAUUAAUUCAGGGUCACAUUGUGCACGGUAUAAUCCACUGAACAUAUAAUCACAGCAGAUAUGCCUGUCAAAUGGCAGCCAGUUCAACAGGUUUUUUCCAACCACGUGUGCUAGCAGGACUCUUUUUCAAACGAAGGGGAGCACUGACUAAAUCAGGCAACAAUCUUGCCAGUUUUCGAAUAUGGCAAAUAUUAUAGCUGUUUUACUUCUCCUAAAUCACAAGAUGGCACAUGUGAGUGCAGGCAGUAAACUGCUCUUUGUUUCUUGCUGCUGUCUGUCCUAUUCAUGUUGAUUUCAUGAAAAAUAAAUACCACAAGCAAAUGUGCUUUAUUGAGUUUAGUUUUAGCCAGAAAUAUGCAGAGUGUAGUUUUUAUUGUAGCACACUGUUUUGGCUUUUGAGAGAGCAGGAGGUUGGGGUCAUGUAGAGAUUGGGUGUCUGUCUGUCUGUCUGUCCAUCCAUCCAUCACUUACGUGUUUGUCUGAAGAGCCGCUUAUCUGAUUGUCAUAAAUCUUGCUCUCAUUUUGACUUUCCAGCCGUGGCACAUUCUAUAACAUACAUUUUUCAAAUAAAUACCCCUUACUUUUGGACUGAGGAGAUGGCUUUCUUGGUUCUUUCCACCUCUCCUCAUAGAUCUCAAAUAUUGUGUACUGGGAGUAGUCUAUUGCUUUGGACCUUCUUAUGUUGUUUUACAUGCAAAACAAACACGCUGUUUACUUGCAUAAUUCAAUCACUGAAGCACUGCCGGAACUGUCUCUUAUGUAGAACUCAUCUGUAAAAUCAGCAUUAUGCUGAAGUAUGCAUAUAACUAUGACUAUAUUUAAUCCUGCACUUCACCCAGUCUGUAGUAUUUUUUAUUUCACCUGCACUCGUAUGUAACCCUGAUGUAAC